AUGAGUUUAGACGGUGUAAGCGAAAGUGACAAUUAUAGAAGUGAACCGGAUGUCAGUUGCUGGAAUUGUUUUUCAUCUGAAGAUGGUGACAAGGAGGUCAGUGUUCAACCGAUCCCUCUGCCAAAGAUUAGAGAAGAGCAGAGGGAAAAACUAAAGUUGUACUCUUUUUUGGCAGCCGAAAUAAGUAGACCAAAGGUUGUAUCAUUAAAGCAAAAAGUUGGUGAUCAUUAUGGUGUGACCAAAAAAAUUGACGAAAAAAUUGGGAAAAAAGCCGACCCUGUAAAAUAUAAACAAGUGGCAGAAAAACAUUUCGAAAAGGAUAAAAACACAAAAUCUUUUGAAGGAAAAAGUAAACAACCCGAAACGAAAGUAAAAAGUAGUAUUUUAAGAAGUAUGGAUUCACAAGAAAUUUUAAGAAAAAAAUUAUCUUUACAAAAACAGAAGGCUAUUGAGUCCCAUUCUACUGCGGCAGCUAAGGUGAGUCUUGCUAUGGCGAGAAACAAACUCAAUCAGUCUCGAAGCGAAAAGAAUUUGCAACCUGUGAAACCAAUUAAACGAAAAAUUAUAGCUCAAAUUGAUAGAACGCCUAGUUCUUCUUCUGCAGAAGAUGUUGCAAAGUAUAGAUCAUCUCAAUCAUUCGAUUCUUCGGGAGCAUCUGCCAAUAUUAAAUCUUCUAUAGAAAAUAAAUACCCUGAUGUUGAAACUAUAAGUAAUUCAUCAUUAUUGUCGUUAAGUAGAAGUCAGUCUCCUGCAUCACUGAAACACAUAUUAGACACUUCUAAAGACUCCAGACUGGAUGAUAGCAGUUUUAGCACAAGUAAAGAUAAAGAACCUGACGAAGUUAAAGUUUUACAUAAAGUUCAGAUCGAGACAUCUACUCCGAAGGAAAAUACAUCUUCUGUAUCAUCAGAUUAUGAGCAAGAAAAAGUAAUAAAGUCUUCAAAUAUUGAAAGCAGUUUAAGUAAUGAUAACGAAGAAUUAGCGUUAAAAGAAAAAGCAGAUAAUACAAGUUCUAAUGGCUCUGAAUCAGGAUAUGCUGGGUCAGUAGCUACAGUUCAAGAUGUAGCAGAAAAUGAAGAAAAUAACGUUGAAAAACUGACGGAAGAUCUUCAAAAGUUAAGCAUUCGAGAACAAUUUAAAACUUCUCUUCCGGCUCUUAAUAAAGUAGAAAAGAAAAUAUUGAAAAUGCCUUCAUCUUCAGUUGGAGGAGACCUGAAUCUUGUCCAUAAAAAAUCACCUAAAUCAAUAAGAUGGAGUACAGCGACGUUGCCAGCUCGGGCUUACAGUGUAGAAGAUGAUCCGAAUUCGUCUUUAGUCGGCCAUGUGAAAAAAAGUUAUACUCUUAAAAGGAACGUAAGCAAUACUUCACCACAACCGAGCAUAAAAAUAACUAAAAUCAACGAUGGUGAAACGAUAUCUUUGAAAUCAACUACAAAAUUAUUGCUGUCAUCGGAACAAGACGCUAGUCACGGACCCUCCAAAGAAAAACAAUUUUCUGAACUCAGUGUUUCAGAAUCUCGAAAUGACUCAGGAAAUAACAGCAAUUGCAGUACCCUUCGCACUGAUGAAGUAUACAUGUCGGACAACCUGUCUCCUGGCCAUGCAACCCUGCCAAGAAGAUCCAGCUCACCCUUGCCACAUGAUGCUGACAGAGACAGGUUUUCACUCAACAGGAGUGGACUACAGAAUCGUUCUGAAUCCAUGGCAUCCGUCUACUCGGGUGCAGGGGAAGGUCUUCGUGGAAGUGUGACUGUGAAAGGAGAAGUCCAGUUUUCACUUCUAUACAACUACAGAUUAGGUGCUUUGGAGGUUGGAGUGAAGAGAUGUCGUGAUCUCGCCCCCAUAGAUGUCAAACGGAACCGGUCUGAUCCUUAUGUCAAGGUGUACUUGUUGCCGGACAAGUCGAAAGCUGGCAAGAGGAAGACGAAGGUGAAGAAGAACACCCUGAACCCCGUGUUCGAGGAGACCCUCUCGUUCGCGCAACCGCUCGCCUCGCUGUCCUCUCGGACACUGUGGCUGAGCGUGUGGCAUGCGGACAUGUUCGGCCGGAACGACUUCCUCGGGGAGGUCUCUCUGCCGCUGGCCGACGUCGUGUUCGACGACCCCGCGCCUAUGUGGUACCGCCUGCAUGAGAGGACGGAACAGUUUGAUGAACAGCAAGGCACCCGAGGUGAUAUCAUCAUAGGGUUGAAGUUUGAGUUACAAGAGACAACUGCAAGGGGCAAAGGAACUCUACAUGUACUUGUAAAGGAAGCUAAGAAUCUCGUAGCUACCAAACCCAGUGGACUGACAGAUGUUUUUUGCAAAAGCUAUCUACUGCCAGAGCGUGGACGUCUCGCGAAACAAAAGACAGGCGUGGCGCGACGGACAUUAAACCCACGAUGGGAACACACCUUUACUUACCGCGGCCUCACACUACAGGAUGUGGCCUCGCGGGCCCUGGAACUCAGUUUGUGGGACCGAGACCGGCUGGCCUCAAAUGACUUCAUGGGUGCUAUUAGGCUCUCACUAGGAACAGGAACCUACAUGGGGGCAAGUGUUAACUGGAUGGAUAGCGUCGGUAAAGAAGUCAGUUUGUGGCAGACCAUGAUGCAGCGGCCAAACUUCUGGGUCGAAGGAUGCCUCCCUCUAAGACCACAGCUUAACAACAAUAACUAA